CCUGGCUACGUGCCUGCAUCAUACUGAGGAUUUUGAUGAUGAUGUUAUAAUUAUUAGAAGGGCAUGAGGCAGUCAAACUAAGUCAAACAACAUGAUCAUCGUCAUCUUUGCCAAGCCUAGUCUGGUCGACGGUGGUGGUGCGGCCUGUGGGGCCAUGUCACCGGCGGCCCUCCGCUGGCCGAUGCUAUUUCUGGCGGUAUCGGCAGAGGUCCUCGGCGUCCAGGGCCGGAGCUCCGUUGGAUCGGGACUGUCCCGCGAUGAGGCGGGUGGAGAGUACGCUCCUUCUGGGCAGGAUCCGAGACCUCUCGGGCCUGGAGAUGGACGAGGUGGCCUCAGCGCAAAAGCAUCGCCGGGAGCUCGAGGGCCACGGCCGUGUGAGUUCGGCGGUGCCGUGCGAUUUCUUCAACCGGACCGAGUGGAGCUGCUGGCUGCAGCGUCCCCGGGGCACCUCGAGGGUCCUGCUCAGGGUGAGCCUCCAGGACGAAGGGAUCCCGGGACACACGCUGGCCGUCGCCUGGAAGCGCAAGCACAAGAUCCGGGGACAGAACCUCUACGCCGUCGAGGACAUCACCGCCGCGGGGCAGCAGGAUGGCAGCGGUCAGCGGGACCAGCUUGCCUACGAACUGAACCCCCUGUCGGACCUGGACAGGUACCUGAACAAGAUCCAGGCGCUGGUCUACCUGAAACGGGGCCCAGACUCGCAGGGACCCGCCACGCUCCUCUACGGAGGCAUCACCUACAUCAUCGACUUCGACCCCGUUGGUAUUUACACGGGUUCCCGAAUGAUCCGAGUUCAAGUUGUCUCACGAAUAGACAGACACCACUGAAUGCUGACGAACUGUAUGAUGCUGAUCGCACUGAAUCAGUCAUUCUUAAUUCAUUUAUUACGCGGGUUUGUCACACGUAACUGUCUGCUACAAAUGUCACUCGAAAAACCAACAAACCAAAAGUUCCGCUUCGU